CGCUGGCUGUGCCGUUGCAGCUGGGAUGAGAGCAGCUCCAUCAGCAGCGGCCUCAGCGAUGCCUCUGACAACCUCAGCUCGGAGGAGUUCAAUGCCAGCUCCUCGCUCAACUCCCUGCCCUCCACCCCCACGGCCUCGCGCAGGAACUCGGCCAUAGCGCUGCGCACCGACUCUGAGAAGCGCUCGCUGGCAGAGAGCGGGCUGAGCUGGUACGGCGAGGCGGACGACAAGGCGCCCAAGAAGCUGGACUACGACAGCAGCAGCCUCAAGAUGGAGCACGGCUCCUCCAAGUGGCGGCGGGAGCCUGCAGAGAGCUGCGAGGAGGGUUCCAAGGGUGGAGAGCUGAAGAAGCCGGUCAGCCUGGGCACCCCUGGCUCCCUCAAGAAGGGCAAAACCCCACCGGUGGCAGUGACCUCUCCCAUCACCCACACGGCCCAGAGCUCCCUCAAAGUGGCAGGCAAACCCGAGACCAAAGCCACUGAUAAGAGCAAGCUGUCUGUGAAGAACACGGGGCUGCAGCGCUCCUCCUCUGACGCCGGCCGCGAUCGCGUGGGCGAUGCCAAGAAGCCGCCCUCGGGUCUCACGCGCCCCUCAGCCUCCAGCUCCUUUGGCUACAAGAAACCGGCCCCGGCCACCGGCACUGCCACUGUCAUGCAAGCCGGGGGCUCAGCAACGCUGGGCAAGAUCCAGAAGAGCUCCGGUAUCCCCGUCAAGCCGGUCAGCGGGCGGAAAACAAGCCUGGAUGUCUCCAACACGGCCGAGCCUGGCUUCCUGGCCCCGGGGGCUCGCACCAACAUCCAGUACCGCAGUCUGCCCCGGCCGGCCAAGUCCAGCUCCAUGAGUGUGACCGGCGGCCGCGGCGCCAACCGGCCGGUCAGCAGCAGCAUCGAUCCCAGCCUGCUCAGCACCAAGCAGGCCAGCAUCACGGUGUCGCGGCUCAAGGAGCCGUCCAAGAUCGGUGCUGGCCGUGGCGCGCCGGCCCCUGUGAACCAGACGGACCGGGAGAAGGAGAAGGCCAAGGCCAAGGCCGUAGCGCUGGACUCCGAGUGCGUGACGCUGAAGAGCGUCGGCUCUCCCGAGAGCACCCCCAAAGCCCAGGCCAACCUCCCGCCGGCGGCCAAGGUGGCUGAGCUGCCCCCCACUCCCCUCAGAGCGGCUGCCAAAACCUACGUGAAGCCUCCCUCAUUGGCCAACUUGGACAAGGUCAAUUCCAACAGCCUGGACUUGCCCUCCUCCAGCGAGCUGCAUCCCCCACACACUGCCAAGCUCCAGGACCUGCACCCAGCUGGCGGGCACCUGACACCCUGCUUCAGCCCCAGUCCUGCUCCCAUCCUCAACAUCAACUCGGCCAGCUUCUCCCAGGGCCUGGAGCUCAUGGGCGGCUUCAGCGUCCCCAAGGAGGGCAGGAUGUACCCUAAGCUCUCUGGCCUGCAUCGCAGCAUGGAGUCCCUGCAGAUGCCCAUGAGCCUGCCCAGUGCCUUUUCGGGGGGCAGCACCGCCACCCCCAGCCCUGCCGCUGUCCCCCCUGCCAGCACAGAGGAGGAGGAGGAGGCGGGUGAGCUGGGCUGGAGCGGCAGCCCCCGGCUUGCACACCUGGACAGCACCAACCGUGACAGGAACACGCUGCCCAAGAAGGGGCUGAGGUACCAGCUGCACUCCCAGGAGGAGGCCAAGGAGCGCCGCCACUCGCACACUAUUGGAGGGCUGCCCGAAGCGGACGAUCAGCCGGAGCUGCCCUCACCCCCUGCCCUCCCCAUGGCUCUGGUUGGGAAGGGUCCGCUCACCAGCAUCGUGAGCCCCACUGCCACCACCACCCCGCGGAUCACCCGCUCCAACAGCAUCCCCACCCACGACUCCACCUUUGAGCUGUACAGCACCUCCCAGAUGGGCAGCACCCUCUCCCUGGCAGACAAACCCAAGGGCAUGAUCCACUCGGGCUCCUUCCGGGACCCUGUGGAUGACGUUCAUGGAUCGGUGCUGUCCCUGGCCUCCAGCGCGUCCUCCACCUACUCCUCCGCUGAGGAGAAGAUGCAGUCUGAGCAAAUCCGCAAGCUGCGUCGUGAGUUGGAGUCCUCGCAGGAGAAGGUGGCCACGCUGACAUCCCAGCUGUCUGCUAACGCCAACCUGGUGGCAGCUUUUGAGCAGAGCCUGGUGAGCAUGACGUCCCGCCUGCGGCACCUGGCCGAGACUGCUGAGGAGAAGGACACGGAGCUGCUGGACCUGCGGGAGACCAUCGAUUUCCUGAAGAAGAAGAACUCGGAGGCCCAAGCUGUGAUCCAGGGUGCCCUGAAUGGCACCGAUGUUGCGCCCAAAGAGCUGCGCAUCAAGCGGCAGAACUCCUCCGACAGCAUCUCCAGCCUCAACAGCAUCAUCAGCCACUCCAGCAUUGGCAGCAGCAAAGAUGCCGACGCCAAGAAGAAGAAGAAGAAGAGCUGGGUGUAUGAGCUGCGUAGCUCCUUCAACAAAGCCUUCAGCAUCAAGAAGGGGCCCAAGUCGGCCUCGUCCUACUCGGACAUUGAGGAGAUCGCCACGCCGGACUCAUCAGCCCCGUCCUCCCCGAAGCUCCAGCACGGCUCCACCGAAACCGCCUCGCCCUCCAUCAAAUCCUCCACCUCCUCCUCCGUGGGCAUCGACACGGCUGAGUGCCACACCUCGGUCUCUCCCUGGCCCAGGCUCUUCCAGGCGCACGGUGAGGGCGAGCCGGAGAAGAAGGAGGUGUCAGAGGUGCGCUCGGAGCUGUGGGAGAAGGAGAUGAAGCUGACGGACAUCCGCCUGGAGGCCCUCAACUCGGCCCACCAGCUGGAGCAGUUGCGGGAGACCAUGCAUAACAUGCAGCUGGAGGUGGAUCUCCUGAAGGCAGAGAAUGAUCGGCUCAAAGUGGCUCCGGGGCCCUCGGCGGUGCCAGGAUCCAUUCCUGGCCACAUCACCAGCACGUCGGCCUCCUCGUCGCCGCGGCGCUCGCUGGGGCUCUCCCUGGGCCAUGCCUUCAGCCCCAGCCCCGGGGGACGCCGAUCCCCCGACUCUGCUUUGCCCCCAGACAUGUCUCCCAUGGACGCCGUCAGUGCUGGCACCCAGAAAGAUGAGCUGACGCUGAGGAUCGUGGUGCGCAUGCCACCCCAGCACAUCAUCAAGGGGGACCUCAAGCAACAAGAGUUUUUCCUGGGCUGGACCAAGGUGAGCGGGAAGGUGGAUUGGAAGAUGCUGGAUGAGGCUGUCUGCCAGGUCUUCAAGGAUUACAUCACCAAGAUGGAUCCUGCGUCCACGCUGGGGCUCAGCACUGAGUCUGUUUAUGGCUACAGCAUCAGCCACAUCAAGCGGGUCCUGGACACGGAGCCGCCGGAGCUGCCGCUGUGCCGCCGGGGCAUGAGCAGCAUCGUGGUGACACUCAAAGGCUUGAAGGAGAAGUGCGUGGACAGCUUGGUGUUCGAGACGCUCAUCCCCAAGCCCAUGAUGCAGCAUUACAUCAGCCUCCUGCUGAAGCACCGGCGGCUCAUCCUCUCGGGACCCAGCGGCACCGGCAAGACGUACCUGACCAACCGCCUGGCCGAGUACCUGGUGGAGCGCUCGGGCCGGGACGUCACCGAGGGCAUCGUCAGCACCUUCAACAUGCACCAGCAGUCCUGCAAGGACCUGCAGCUGUACCUCUCCAACCUGGCCAACCAGAUCGACAGGGAGACGGGCACGGCGGACGUGCCCCUGGUGAUCCUCCUGGACGACCUCAGCGAGGCGGGUUCCAUCAGUGAGCUCGUCAACGGCGCGCUCACCUGCAAGUACCACAAAUGCCCCUACAUCAUCGGGACCACCAACCAGCCUGUGAAAAUGACCCCGAACCAUGGUCUCCAUCUCAGCUUCAGGAUGCUGACCUUCUCCAACAACGUGGAGCCAGCCAAUGGCUUCCUGGUGCGCUACCUGCGGAGGAAGCUGCUGGAGUCAGACACAGAUGUCAACGCCAACAAGGAGGAGCUGCUGCGUGUGCUGGACUGGGUGCCCAAGCUCUGGUACCACUUGCACACCUUUCUGGAGAAACACAGCACCUCCGACUUCCUCAUCGGUCCCUGCUUCUUCCUGUCCUGCCCCAUUGGAAUUGAGGAUUUCCGGACCUGGUUCAUUGACCUGUGGAACAACUCCAUCAUCCCUUAUCUGCAGGAGGGGGCGAAAGAUGGGCUCAAGGUCCACGGGCAGAAGGCAGCCUGGGAGGACCCCGUGGAGUGGGUGCGGGACACCCUGCCCUGGCCAUCAGCACAGCAAGACCAGUCCAAGCUGUACCACCUGCCCCCGCCCACCAUUGGACCCCAUAGCACUGUCCCCCCCGAGGAGCGCACCGUCAAAGACACAACGCCCAGCUCCCUGGAUGCGGACCCCCUGAUGGCCAUGCUGCUGAAGCUCCAGGAAGCCGCCAACUACAUCGAGUCUCCGGACCGUGAAACCAUGGUGGAUCCCGACCUGCAAUCGACUCUGUGAGGCACGGACAUGCCGGCCCAGGUGCAGGGGGUGGCCACCGGGCUGCCCUCCUCCUCCUCUUCCUCCUCCUCCUCCUCCUCUUCCUCCGGUAGCCUGGAGCGCAGGGCUGGGGCUGGUGAGCGAGCGGUGAGGAGCGGGGCCCUGUGCAGCUCUGCACAGCGUGGGGAAGCUCAGCUCUGCCGUGGGGGAGUGCGAGGCUCCAUUUCCCCACCCCUCUUUGGGGGUAGGAGAAUCCUGGUUUCUCUCCUUGGUUUUUCUGUCUCUAUUGCAAACUCUCGGGUUCUGGGGCCGCUGCGGCCAAGCCCCCGCUCCAGGGAGCUGCAGGAUGGGCCCUGCGUGGGGCAGGGACCCCGUGGGAGCCCCCGGGCUGGAGCUGGGGGGUGGGAGGAGCGUGUGCCCGUGUCUGUCUGUCUGGCACCGUGCUCCCGCUGCUCUCUUUGUACAUUCCUCAUUUAACCUGCUUGGCAGCCGCUGCACCCAGGACAACCUAAUAAACCCCGCUUCGGUUAUUUUAUUUUAUUAUUCCCCCCUCCCUUUUUCUUUUGACCGAGUCCAGACUUUGCUUUGCUCCCUUUUUUGUUCUGAUUCUUCGCUCUCCCAAUCCUGGGCCCGUGCUCUGGUGCCCAUCGCUUCCCCUCCCCUGAGCAGCUCUGCUUCCUUUUGGUUUCUUUUGCAGCUGUUGGUUCCACCACUCCCCUUCACACACUUCCGUCACACAACUGGUGCUUACUGGACAACCUCCAGUCCCCAAAUCCACCUCUCCAGUUGCCUCAUAUCUUGGCUGGGAUGGGUCUUGGCAGGUGGUGUAGUCGGGUGCAC